AACAAUUAAGUGAUUAUCUGAUUCUGUAGAAGUAGAUGCGGAGUUUUUUGAAAGGAUGGAGAAAGAAACGAAAGAAGAAAUAACAAAAGGAAAAGAAAAAGAUAUAUUGAAAGCUAGAUUAAAUAAAAUUGAUGACGAUAUAACGUUUGCACAAUUAAGAGUGGAAAUUGAGAAACGUGAUGAAAUAAUAAGUCAAUUGAGAACCGAAGUACAUACUCUGAAAGAAGAAUUGACACAAGUUAAAGAGAGAAAUAAAAAGCUUUAUCAGAUAUUGUCACAUGGUGAGAUGAAAGAUAAAGCAUCAGUCUUGGCUGAAGUCGCAAAAUUACAAGAAAUACGAGACGAGCUGACAUCUGAAGUUGCUUCUCUGCAUGCCCAAUUGGAGCAAGAAAGAUCUAAAACACGUACAUCCAGUACAGAUGUAAAGACAUCUAAACAAACUAACAAGAAGAGGCCGGCCAGUGAAAAUGCCUAAUUCGCUUUUCGCGAAAACUACUAUUGUGAUCUAUAAAUUUUAAUUAAUACCGUACAUAUUGAUUAAGUAGCAAUUUGAAAUGAAGGAAUAUUAUAUUUGUAAAAA